CGUAAUCGUCCAUUAUGGGCGGGACCUACAGGACUACAAAGCCAAUCACAUUGCGUAAUAAGCCAGCCGCCCUAAAGCACAACAAUAUGAUUGGCUAUGCCUAAAAACAGUUCUUUCAGCAACUUGAUUAAGCUUUUGGUAACAGUUUCCAUGGCAACAUGGUUACAGGAAACAUGGCGUUCCUACAGUGGAGUUGUCAUGAUGUUGCAGAAUGGAUCGAGUCUUUAGGAUUUCCACAAUACAAAGCAUGUUUCACGGACAACCUCAUUACUGGAAGGAGGCUCAUUUAUAUCAACUGUGUCAACUUACCAAGACUGGGAGUCACAGAUUUUAAAGACAUGCAGGUCAUCUCUGCUCAGGUGCGUGAGCUACUGGGGAUCACAGAGCCGCCGUGGAGCCGCAGCAUCGCAGAACCGCGCCGGGACGACGUGGGCCUGUUCUUGGAGAGGAAGAGUCGCACAGGCCGACGGGCGGACGGCCUCACCUGCCGCCGCUUCCUGGGUGACGCGCGGGGACAGAGAUCCUAACGUGAGGAGUAAUGGAGGAAAACUUGUGAUUUCAUAUCGCCGGCUGUCUGGUCACGAUGACUCAGAUGAGACACUCAGCAGGUCACAUGCAGGCAGUGACAUUAACACUUCCCACCAGCGAAAUGAUUGUGCGUUGCUGUGGUAGCUGCUGAAUAUUAGUUUUUUCCUGCAGGUUCCCAAAAUGGGAAGCCGAAAAUGAGGUAAAAUGAAUACAAGACAAAGAUUUUUCAUAAAGGGAAUAUUAGAAACAUCUGCCAGUGCCAUAAAGAGCUUAAAGACCUGAACCCGUGUCGCUUCUAGACAAGUAUUGGUGCUUAAACCACUUUAGCGCUUAGUGAGUUGUGAUAUAAGUGGGUAGAGCUGUCGCUCCGACGUGAAAACGAUGAUCCUCUGUAUGGAAACAAUUACAAAAAAACUGUUUUCAAAGUGCCAGGAGGCCCCGGGAAGCAGUGGAGGUGACGCUUCCACAGCCGCGCUCCACUCUAAUAGACUUAUGCACAUUUAGGCUACUUUGCCAACGUGCACAAAAGGCCACAGGAUCGCUGCAUCGGGCUGUGGCGGCGCGGGUGCCAAGCAGACCCACGGGGAGCCGGGGCUUUCAGGUUCUGCCAACUCCACACUUUCUUGCUGGUAAUCUAUGUAAUACAUGCAGGAAUAUAAAGCAGGUACUGCCUGUGCUAAAAUCGGCUCCAUCUCUUGGAUGAAAGAUUUAUCUUAACAACUUGGAUGGACUUUCAAUAGGAGUCUAGUUUUAGAAUGUCCGGUUCCUUUUUUUUUUUUUUUUGAUCAGAUCAGAUUCUGCAAAUCCCUCUCUUUUUAAUUGAAUUUGAUUUCCAGAGAAUAUUAUACCCGUGCUGCAUUUUCUCAUGCAGUGGAGUUCAACCUACAUGAAUAAAUUAUGAUGCCUGCCCGUGAGAUAGGCUGGGAGGCACUGCAUCUGUCUAUGCACACAAAUGGUCUCUGUGCAGCUCGGAGCGCACCGAUUACCAUUCCGUGCACAGCACCUCUGGUCAGAAAUGGAGCCGGGUCGGUGGCUGACAGCAGUGCAGGGGCAGAAGGGGGGGCUGUAUUGUGGCAGCAGCCUAUCAGUCAAUCUGGAUUAACUCGCGCUGAGCCUCGCGUCGCCGACAAAAGCCCGUGAAAGCGACGCGAACAUCUGGCCGGAUUCAGCGCGUGCAGCCACCAGCCGCUCAGCGCGCCGUAGAUAUUAAAGCCGCCCGUCGCUACAAAGGCGUUUUCUCCUCUGGAGGUGCACGCGGGCGGAUGCGCAGUAGCGGCGAUCCCUCACAGCUGCAGCUCCCGAGCCACGCUGGGACCCUUCAGCCUGCGUUUUCCAGCCCGUUUUUUUUUCCGCUAAAGGAGACUUCCGUCGCUCGGAUGCGAGCGGAUCGCGGAUGCGCCGUCCGUCGGUCCAUCCGCCGGUUAUGGGUUUCUUGAAGGACAUCGCUGGCUUCGCAGGCCGUCACAUGCUGUAGGAGCCAAGACGCGUGCUUCGGGACACCUGAAUAUUUCCAGGAGGCACCGUCGGUCCCAUUUUAUGAGAGCCACUCUCAGGAUGCUCUCAGCCGUCCUCGGAGGAAAUAAGCUCAAGCCCACACUCCUUUGACUUGACUUGAUGUUUCAUCUGCAAGGGGUGUGGACCUGACGGAGAUCCCCAUGGAGUCGCUCCUGGUUUACCUGAUGGUGCUCGGUGUGGCUGUGAAGGCCCACAAGGUCCAAAUCUGCCCCAAACGCUGCGUCUGCCAGGUGCUCAACCCCAACCUGGCAACGCUGUGCGACAAGAAGGGGCUCCUGUUCGUGCCCCCCAACAUCGACAGGCACACGGUGGAGAUGCGCCUCGGGGACAACUUUGUGACUAGCAUCAAACGGAAAGACUUUGCUAACAUGACCAAGCUGGUGGACCUGACCCUUUCCAGGAACACCAUCGGCGCCAUCGCGCCCCACGCCUUUAAAGACCUGGAGAACCUCCGGGCGUUACACCUCGACAGCAACCGGCUGACCCACAUCACCAACGACACCUUCAGCGGCAUGUCCAAGCUGCACCACCUCAUCCUCAACAACAACCAGCUCACGCACAUCCAGAUCGGCGCCUUCAACGACCUGACGGCCCUGGAGGAGCUGGACCUGUCCUAUAACAACCUGGAAAGCGCCCCGUGGGUGGCCAUCCAGAGGAUGCCCAACCUCCACACCCUCAACCUGGACCACAACAUGCUCAGCUACAUUCCGGAGGGCACCUUUUCCGGACUGCAGAAGCUGAAGAGGCUGGACGUGACCUCCAACAAGCUGCAGAAGCUGCCGCCGGACCCUGUUUUCCAACGAGCGGGGGUCCUGGCCACCUCUGGGAUAAUGGGGCCCACGUCCUUCGCGCUGAGCUUCGGGGGGAACCCCCUGCGGUGCAACUGCGAGCUGCUGUGGCUGCGGCGGCUGCGCAGGGAGGACGACCUGGAGACCUGCGCCUCACCGCAGCACCUCUCCGGACGCUACUUCUGGACCGUUUCAGAGGAGGAGUUCCUGUGCGAGCCUCCUCUCAUCACCAGGCACUCGCAGGAGCUCCGAGCGCUGGAGGGUCAGAGUGUGACGCUGCGCUGCAAAGCCAGGGGCGACCCCGAGCCCAUUAUCCACUGGAUCGCCCCCGACGGACGCCUCAUGUCCAACUCCUCCAGGGCGGCGGUCCACGCGGACGGCACGCUGGACAUCCUCAUCAGCACCGUCAAGGACUCGGGCUCCUUCACCUGUGUGGCCUCCAACCCGGCCGGCGAAGCCCAGCAGACGGUGGACCUGGUCAUCGCGAAGCUCCCCCACAUCACCAACGGCACCGUCACCGAGCAGGAGCCGGACCCCGGCUCGUCUGAUAUCGCCACGGUGACCAAGACGGGGGUGGAGCCGGGAGGGGUGCCCCUGGGGAACGCCAAGACGAGCCAGGAGAAGAAAGUGAUCAUCGCCGAGGCCACGUCCACGUCGGCUAUGGUCAAGUUUAACUUCCAGAGGAGCAUACCUGGAAUACGCAUGUUCCAGAUCCAGUAUAAUGGGACCUAUGACGACUCACUGGUGUACAGAAUGAUCCCGCCGACCAGUAAGAGCAUCCUGGUGAACAACCUGGCGGCCGGCACGCACUACGACCUGUGCGUGCUGGCCAUCUACGACGACCAGGUGACGGCGCUGACCGCCACCCGGGUCAUCGGCUGCGUCCACUUUACCACCGAGCCGCAGUACCUCCGGUGCCACUUCAUGCAGUCCCAGUUUCUCGGCGGCACCAUCGUGGUUAUCAUCGGGGGGAUUAUCGUGGCCUCCGUGCUCGCUUUUAUCAUCUUCCUCAUUGUGCGGUACCGGGUGUGUAACCAGGGAGAUGCAGAUAAGGCCCUAGAGAUGGGGGAUAUUCGCUCGCUGAGCAGCGAUGGGCAGCUACAGGGCUGUGGGAUUCCCAAGUCGCUUUCCAAGCAGGUCCUUCGCCCGGAGAAGAACGACAAGGAGUGUCUGAGAGUGGCCCUGCCGCCGCCGGAGCCGGCCAAGCAUCGGGCCGCGGUCGUCGCGGCGACCACCAAGCCGUCCGUCCCCGACUGCACCGUCUCUACCUCUCCGGCCAGCCACAGCUGGCACCCGGCCUCCCCGGGCGCCCCGAGGCCCAAGCGCUCCGGCGCUCCACCAAAACCCGCCGAGGCGCCGCGAGCCGAGGCCCGGGCGGACGUGGAGCUGGAGAACAUGAACAGGAAUAACUCGUCGGAGGUGAAAAUGGCCGCCGCCGUCGCCCCGGCUGUGCCCGGCCAGCCCGCCAAGUGGACUUCGGGCCCCCGGGGUCCGCGGCCUCACCAGGCCCCGCGGCAUUACAUGACUGUGCCUUCGGGGGCAACGAGGGUGAACCGCAGGCACUCCCUCAACGCGGACUCGUACCGCGAGCGCUGCUACGUGGCCUACCCCAAACCCGGGGCCAGCCUGCGCUCCAAGCGCAGCCUGUCCAUGAGCGGGGAGCUGCCGCAGCUCGAGAGCACGACAAACAUUCGCCGAGCCAGGGACAAGCUCUCCAGGUCUGAGUGGCUGCUGGAGAGCACUUUAUGAUUUGGAGUUUAUGACCUGCGUUUCUUUGUUUUCUUGGAUUGGAUUUGUGGCCCAGUGUGGAGCCGACGGGGGUUUUAUGCCUUGUUCUGGGCGUUUGCGCUCCCUGUCGAGGGACUCGUGAGCUGAUCACAUAUAUUUAGAAGCAAAGCAGGCGUACAGGGUUAUGGAAAACAGCUCACCUUAUAUUUGGUUUCUACCUUAUAACCUAGUCUUCUUUAUAAUGACAUUCGACCAAACUUUGAUAAAAGGCACAACAAUGUAUAAAACAACUUCCUGUACAAAACGUUGAGUUGUGAGAUACUGUACAUCUCAACACAACCAUAAGUAUUUACGGUACGAACGCAGUUACCUGGACUCACUGAUGGCAGAAGGGGGCGUGGCUAACACACCUGUCUGUCAAAGGGAUACAACAUAAACUUCAAACAUGGUUCCUCGCAGACAAGCGACUCGUCUUGAUUGCCAUGGCGACGGUUUGGAGCGUUUACGAAUGUGCUUUACAUCCCAGAGGCGUUGGAGGAGAAUGUAGACAGACGGCCCUCCGUCUCCCCACCACUGACACUCCCAGCCCAGCACAAUGCAGCAUUUUUGUGGCACACGUCGACUCAGCCUAAUACUGCCCUCCGGUUUGAAUCGAUACAUUUUUAUCACAUAAUUACAUAAAGACUCCGCUCCGACAGGAUUCCUGUCGCGGCUGAUCCGAGCGACGAUUGAACCGACACCCACAGCAGGACGGAUUCAGUAACGUGAUCGCACGUGCGGGUGAGAGCGCGAGGAGCGGUUCAUUUGCGUAUUUUUUACUUACCGACAUUAUCGUGUGGCGCCAAUGACGACCAUUGUAAAUUAACUUGUCGAUGUAACAGAAAUGAUAAUCACAAGUGUGGGAGGACGUCAGCUCUUGAUUUCGCUGUUGUUUCUGUUUGAUGUUUACCAGUAUAAAUAAACCAGUGAUAAAAGGGA